GUUGCAUCUCGCGACUUUCCGUCCAUGACUCUCAUCGCUUUUGUAUCGCAUCGCCAGUUCUGCCUCUCGGAAAGCCUUUUUUAAGAUGGCUUCUGAAUCUCCCCAUCUGAGCGGAUCCACGCCCCAGGCCACAGCUGCCAGCCCCGACGGGAACGCCAAAAGAAAAGCAGAACCAAGUAGCGGAACAAACACGCGCACAAAGCGGAAUCGAUACAUCUCCAUCGCAUGCAACGAGUGCAAGCGGCGCAAGAUCAAAUGUAAUGGCCAAGUUCCCUGCCAGCGUUGUGGACACCUCAACUUGGAAUGUCUCUACGCUCCAAACUGUUGCAAUGGAAACUUCAAAGAUUCAGAGGAAUUUCGGGUGAUGAAAGAAGAGAUCAACACACUCCAAGAACAGGUCAACUCCUUAUUUCAGAAUUUGAACAACCUCACCUCGCAUAAGGCUCCUUUAGACUCGGUGCCAUUAGAAUCAUUCGCCAGCAACAACUCGCAAUCGGAUUCUAUCCCCCCCAGUGAAACCCUCACUUCAGCUAAUAACAGGUUGCGAGUGAAGCACCCCCGCUUCCAUGGACCAACAAGUUCAGCGUUUAACUUUGAUGUCGCGAGAUCUAGCCUUCAAGAUAUGGGAAUCGCAUCUAAUGAGGACCCAAUGCAGAAUGAUUUGAUACCCGCUCCAGUCGUACCUUCUCAAUCCGAUAUUGACGAACAGAAAGCGCUGACCCGCCCGGCUGUAAUGCACCCUUCCAAAGAUCCAAUCUGGUCUAUCAAGCGGGAAGAAGCCAUUCGUUUAUGCAAAGUGUACGAGGAAGAAAUUGGUUUAAUGUACCCAAUUUUCUGCCUCGACAAAGUUAUUGCUCAAACCAAUCUCCUCUACAAUUUUCUCGAAGCAGCUGACAGGACUGGGUUUGCGCAAACCGGACUCCCUGGGCUAGAUGGCUUACAAGAUGAUGACUCGCUGAAUAUUAAAAUGAUACUGGCUACGACGUUGGUUCUCGAAGGAAAUGGCCAAAGUGGCCUUGCGCGACGCCUUUUCGAGACUGUUAAGCCCAUAUUCUAUUCGAAAAUGUUAGAGCCCGUGGAUAUCAAAUCUGUCCAAUUAUUUACAAUAAUUGCAACAUAUCACUUUCACACAGAUAAUGACAUAUUGUCAUACCGCAUUAUUGGGUUAGCUGCUCGGAUGUGUUUAGAGCUCGGAUUACAUCGUCGCGAUGCUGUUGCCAAAGUCUUUUCAGCUGAAGCUGACAGGUCGCAAAUCACUCGGCUAUUUUGGUCUGUUUAUAGUCUUGAUCGGCGAUGGAGCUUUGGCACAGGUUUGCCUUUUGUCAUCCAAGACGAAGAUAUUGAUCCAACACUUCCAGAGCCCGAUGAUUCUUUACCGUAUUUGAAGAGUAUGGUUGCCUAUGGCCGCCUGAGCUCGAAAAUAUGGUACUCUGGACUAGGCUAUGAAGGGUCAACUGAUGUGAAAAGGGAAGAGAUCGGGUUUCUAGACUACCAGGUGUGCCAAUGGUACAAACAUAUACCAGAGAGCGUCAUGUUACCAGUAGAGUCUUCCAACAGCGGUGCUCCUGUUAACCGGGGAUUACAACGGCUGCGUGUACUCCUGUACUUACGUAUGAAUCACUUGCGCAUCCUGAUUAACAGACCAGUCUUGCACUCUGCAUCAAAUAUUCUCGAAAAUCAAAGCCACGUUCAAAUGGUCGUCAAUAUAGCAAAGGAUACAAUUCGAGUCCUGGCUCGGCUUAACCAAAAUUCUGAUAUCUACAAAACGCAGCAAAUCUGUUUCAAUUAUUUCCUCGUGGCCGCUCUUGCUGUCUUAUUUCUUGUUGUCUGCCAUGCUCCCGCCGAAUUCGGUCGGCAAGUUCGAGACGAAUUUUAUAUGGCAUUAAACCUCGUGAACGGCUUCACCACCAAGUCCUACAUAUCCAAGCGAUUGUGGAAUACUAUCAAAGGGGUUCGAAGGAUUGCUGAGAAGCUAGGUGUUUUUGGUCGAAAUAUCGGAACAGACGCUAGUGACCCUCACUCCAACGCAGCUGUUGCCAUGGCUGGACUGGCAGGUCAUCCCAUCGAAGGUCUGUCUCUGUAUGGACCGCCAGGAGCCAUUUCAGAGCUAGGAAGUAGUCCAAUGAAUGGGUUGCAAAUGAGCCAUGAGCUCACGAAUCUUUUCGAAGCGGUUGGUUCAUCCGGAUCCUUCGGCCCAGAUAACUUCAACGGCUUUAUCCCCCACGAUAACGAUUGGCAAAACUCUGGCGAGGGACUGGCUGGGAUACUAAGCGGUGAUGCCGAAUUCUCACGUGUACUGAGAGAACUCAUGUGAUGAGCUAGAAUAUGUAUAUAUUAAAAUGAUCUAUAUGAAGUCUAUUAAGCCCAGCUCAUGCAUUGAAUCUGUAACUAGACCA